CUGUAGCGAAUCACGAUCGAUAAUUAUCCGUACAACCUUUAACGUGUUUAUGAGUGACUCUAAACCCGGACCUCUAAACACGCUAAAUCUAUGGGACUUCAUCGGCAACUUAGUACGAUAACGUUAUUUUCAGAGCAUGAAAGAGCCAUUUAAAUCACAAAAAUUAUGAGCUUGAUCUCAGUGAAUAGCAACUAUCGUGCCGAUAGCGAUCAAAGUACUGUCAACAUAACGCGAAAUGAAAUGAUUGUGUUUGCACGUUUCGUCAUCACCAAGACAGCACCAUAGCAUCAUUACUCCACUCAUUUUAUUUCUUCAUGGCACGAUGUGACGUUUUUGGUGGAAAUAUCAUUUAAAAGGAGUUUUAUUCAACUAUCAAGUAAAUAACAAGUGGAGUAUGUUGACUAUAUUGUUGAGGAUUGCUUUGGAAUUUUCUCAAGUUUGUGCAUUAUGGAGCAGCUUUUAAACGAGGAGUGUGACUAAAGGAUGUCUUAUUGUAGGCUGUAUGUCAACUCGUCCGUCUGACGAGCAGCUGUUUGUGUAUUUCUUGACAACAAUCUCGAAUUCAACGAUCAGAACAUGAUUUACAUAUGCUCUAACUGUAUUUAAGAGGUUGGCGGUUUACUAAAUAAAGCCAAAUAUUAUAUAUUUUGAAAGACCCAUGUAGGUCCUACUGAUCAAUGUUGAAUAUCGCCAAGCAAGAACACCCUUUUUGAAUAAACAGCGAAUCAGUUAUUGAAAUUUUUCUAUUCCCAUCAAGGAACAAGAUGAAUAUUAUUUCUUGGCCACCUCAGAGGUUGGCUUCAUUAAUGUUCGGAAUUUGAAAAAUAGAAUCAUACGGUUUGAUCAGACGUUUCUAUUUCGUGUUAUCCAGCUAUUCUGUUUUGUUUUAGAACGAAACAUAUAAUAUCCGUCAUGUCUGCAGAUGUUCAUACCAACAGACUGGCCAGAUUGAAAACUCUUGCCAAGCUUGCCGGACCAGCGACGAGAAAUUACGAUGGCGGUCACAAGAUGUCUUCGCAAAAACGCAAGCGUGAAAAAGCCCAAGAGCAGCUGCGAACUCGAAUGCGACAACGAAUAAAUGGAAACGGUAAUUCAUCUACGCUGAUCCACAACAAACGAAGUAGUUCAGUCUUAGGAGGUAGUGGGGAUACCAGUCUCUCUCCUAGAAUGAAGCAUUCAUCGUCCAUGGAAGUUACCCCUAGGGAUCUACAAGGAAAUAAUUUCUGGCGAACACAGCAGGACAGAUACAAUACCUUAACAGGGAUUCAGCCAACAGAAAUGAAUCAAGCGAAGACGAGCCCAAACCAAUCGGUACCACUACAGGAACUUGUAGACAAAGUCCUGCAUCGCAAGGAGCAAAACUUUGAUAUUGGAUCAAACUUCUCUCCAAUGACUAUCAGGGCCUAUAAGCCACCAUGCGCCCCGUACGCAAUGCAACAAAGUCCACAUGUCAAAAAAAUCGUAAAAAUGAAACCUAUACAACGAAGUGACAGGGAUGACAAAGGUCCAUUUGUUCUUGUUCUACAUCGUAACGGUGGUGAUGAAACCCAAGGCCAACUACGGGGACGAAGGCGGGAUCGUUCUAAGAUCAAAGGCGAUGUGAGGAAACGUGAUAUCUCUGACGAAGUAAAGCUGAACACAACAGUCACAUCGAGUCAGAUCUUGCCGCCAUUGAGCGACAUCAAGUCACCUUCUGAUCUCAAAACGUGGCGCCCUGCAUUAGAUGCAGUGCACCAGUCAAAGAUUCUUCCCGAGGCCGAGGACCGAUCUGUGACCAAUUACCGACUGCAAAUGCAACAUGCCAGUAAGUUGGCAGAAGCAAGGUUUGAGUUCCAACACCAGGGGCAGUCCAAUCAAACAGUAGAAGAAAUGACGAUGCAAACAUUGAAUCCUUUGCCACCGAUCCAAUCAGUAUACCCUGCAGAUGGUUCGGAAGGAGCAAAUAAUGACACCCCAGAAGUGGAAGCAAAAUCUAGCCAACCAAAACGAACUAAAAACGAACAGAAUCUCGAUCGGACUUCAUCUAAAAGUGAAAUACUGAACUUAAAGAAAGCGCAAAAGGAAGCUAAACGACAAAAACAAGUUGAAUCAGAGGAGUUCACAUUGUUGAGAACACGCAAGAGAUUCACAAAUAAGACAAAACAAUUUAAAAGUGAUCUCGAGAGAGCGCGACAACUCUCGGCCAUUGCCGAAGAUCGUUCAUCGCUAAACAGUUCACGCUUACGGAACUCUUCAGGUAGACAGCUAAGUUUUUCUUCAUCAAGUUCAAAUUCGCUGAAUAGGAUACAUGAAGGAAGUGUUUCAAAUUCCCCUAUGAUUCAAGACGAUCUAAGUAAAAGUAAUGUUGAUGAAAGUGACUAUGGAAAAUUUAAAGGUAUAGAACAAAAUCUGUCAAUUGGCCUUGAACCAAAUAAUAAUGCAAUACCCCUUGCCCCUCCAACAUCGCCGUCGGUUGAAAGCCAAUGGGACAGUAGCGUGAUUAUGAACGUUAAUAUUAUGAAGAGUAACUUGAACGAAUCUAGUGAUUCACCGAGUAAAGUGAAUGGUCAGAAACUACCAGAACACGCCGGAGGAGCAGCUACCAGUUGUCAUGACAUUGUCUCACAUGAAACCAAGGCAGUAGACGAUAUGAUAUGGGUAGAAGGUGAUCUACCUUUCCAUGGAAGUACUGCGGAACACUUGGACACAACGACAGAAUACACAAGAUAACGAAUCGAUUCAUCCACAUAAGGACUGCAAAAGUAUUCUACGCAAAACGCACGAGGGGGGGGGGUCAUUAUGUAGGAUGUGUACAAAAUGUAUUUAUAAAAAUACAUGUACAAUGGCGAAGAGUUCAACCUAAACCUUGGCAGACGGUAGCUGAUGCAUUUAGCCUGAAAAUAGCCGGGCGAUAUCUAGUAGGCUUCUGCAUUCGGACAAAUGGCAUAUCUUGUGCCUACAUUUUUAGCCUAUUUCCUGACCCUAUACCUUAUAGGAUGCCGCCAUUCAAUCUGGAGCUAACAUGUACGUAAAAUUGUAUCUCUGUACUGUUAGUGUCCCUUUUCUUUUUUUUCUGGAAAUAAGGUGGCUUGAAAUUCAUGGUUUUCACCAUUCCCAUGUGUAGAGGUAAGAGAGACAUUUUUUUUUGUUUUGAUGUAUACAUACAUUUUACUACAAAAAAAAAACUCGCCUUCCUCAUUUUGUCGAUUCUAAUCUAGCAUUCAAAUGAUUUGAUAAAUCAUUGCGUUUAUUUCCUUUAUUUGGUAUGGCACAUAUAUUUUUAUAACUUUCAAGGGCAGUUAUUUUAGAGCUGUUAUGACAAUUCUUCAAUAAAAAGAGUUCUUGUUAUAUGCCUGUAAUUGUGCAGGAGUUUGUCACACUCAUAUUCCAUUUGGAGAGACUAACUUGACUAAAAACUUAAGUCAGCUUGGACUAAAACCACUCAAUCAAUUUUACUCCGAAUGAUGUGGUAUCGACUGAAAGUCGACUCAUUCGAAAUCAAACUGAAACGGUAACGAGAAACUUUGACUCGGAUGUAUAGUUUGUUGCCCAAUUUUACUCCUCAGAAAUAAAUGGGAAGUAAAUGAAAAUAAAUACAUCAGGGGUCAAUUCUAUUUUAAAUCAAGUUCAUCUUCAAGAAUAAGGAUCUGGCAAUUCUUUACUUUGAGAAUAGCAAACCCACUUUAGAAAUAAGGCCUAUAUUGGCAAUUUUACUGUCAUAACUUUUUUUUCUAAAAAUAUUGUAAAGGGGGUCUAGUCCAGAAGAUUAGAAGAUUAUCUUCAACUUUAAAGUAUCGUGAGCCCUUUGGUAAUCAAAUAAGAUAUCACGAUUGUGGACAUAGUAGAUAAAUGAAAACAACCUCAACCACGUGAUAAAAAGAUCCGCUUCUAUUGCUGUACCAUGACGAGGAAAAAAUGACAGAACAUGAGUUAAAACGCAGAAAUUAUGCACCUUAUGGCCAAAGCUGAUGUUUAAACACGAAGAGUAUUACUGCUUACAAAAUGUUUUUUUUAUGAGAUGCAUCAAGGAAAUAAAAAAAUAUCAACAACUAAAAAUAAUCUUGUAAUUUUGUAUGGCAGUGGAGUUUAAGGGCACAAAAUGAUUCACUUUUUGCUAAAUUUUCAAACUCAUUAAAGGCAAAGUACAAAAGUUGAAUACAGUAUAUGAAAUGCUGAGAUUCGAUUAAAAUCGGAUGUGAUAUAAGCUUCGCUUAAUUGAAAAAGAAGUUUUUAAUUAACAAACACGGGCGUUAUGCAAACGAGGGAACUAAUGGAUUCGCCCAUCCACCUCAUUUCAUGUAUUAAAAAAACCUUUGUGAUUCAAGUUUCCUAACUGAGUGUGUGUAUUUGAGUUUUGUCAGACGUGUAUCAAUCAGAUAUGAUCAUUUACGUCUGGGACCGACCUUUUACGUCACCAUCCGAAAGACGUCACCAGGGCUCGAUCCUAGAACCUCUGCAUAACUUUGUAAAUUCCCCACAGCUUGGAUUUCAGGCGUACGCCACAAUGCCACAUCUACAAGUAAUGAUAUAUUCUAUAUUUUAUACUGAAGAAAUAGUGUGUAAAAAAUGAUAUUAAUUUUGCAAUAUUAUUUUCCAUUCACUCUAUAUUUUUCCAAAAAGAUGAUAAUAGCGAUUUUUUGCAUCGCCACGCGUAACGAAUUCAAGAACACAUUAUAUUUAUUGAAAAUGCAAGUAAAAUCCGACUUUUGAGAGGGCUUUGUUGAAAAUUGAAGAACCGGAAAUACCGAUCGCCCUUAAAAUAUGUAAAUUAUGUCGUAUGUCCAGAGUCCAGGACGAACCUGAUGCUUUAAUUCACCAAUUUUCGACAAAGACUUUUUGGUUGCUCAUUUCCAUUAGGGGCACUUGACAAUGCAUUUUCUAUGUUCUUGAUAGGGUUAUGCGUUGAAAUGCGAAAAACCCCUUUAUAUUUAUGCCUACUAUAACAUUCUUAUUUUACAUUUGAUUAUGAUGAAAUGUUUUGGUGAUAGCACUUUGCUUGCUCUACUACCCCCUCCACCCUCUCGCUUUGAUUUAAAUUGGUAAAUGGAGAGCUUAGACAUUUCUCGUAUCUUUAGUGUAUUACAGCCCUGUUGACGUAAAGACGUUAGAUAUACGUCAAGAAUGCGUGGUUUCUUAUCCUUAGUGAAUACGUUAUCUGAAUUUAUUCAAAACUUCAAAUGAUAUAAACAAUACAAUUUAAAACAAAAUUCACCACUGAGAAAUCAAAGAGAAAAAAGUCAAGUGGCACAAGUUUAUUACCAUGUACAAGAUUUUGACACCCUUUAUAACUCGAACUACAACUAUUGCUCUAUUCAGAAGUACAAUAUAAGGAGUGUUUAACAAACCUAGAAUUCGGUAAACUUUUGUUCACUCUUGUAACUUUAUCAAGCCGUAAGUCGAAUGUGCAUUGAAAUAAUUAUUUUAUUAUUAUCAAAUAAAA